ACGCAAUGUCAUAUGUCAAGCGUCAAGCGACGCACAAGCGGUUAUCGAUUUUCGGCAUCCUUUUCCUUUCUCAGCCAUUUUGUUUUUGCUUCUGAUUAAAUUGACUAAGGUGUUGGCGUUGUGCAGUCUGAUUUUAAUGCAGUAUUUGCCCAAAUUUAGUUGUUAAAGUGCUGUACAGUUUUGUAAAGAAAGGAGUGCCGCGUCAUCCAUUGUGUCUGUUAAUUGAUGUGUUGAGUGCGUAUGAUCAAAGGGAAGGACCGUAUUACAGUAAGAAUACCUAAUACUAACAUGAAACGAAGUAGUGAUAGAGACACCCCCCCAAGAAGCAAAAGAUCUCGUUCAAGUAUGGGCCGCUACGAUGAUAGUUCUGACGAACGUGUUACUCCAGAUCGAGUUCGACGUCGUGGUAGUCGCGGCCGAUCUCCAAGCCCUCGCCGUUAUUUAUCUCCACAUCGGGAUGAAUAUAUGCGCCAAACCGAAAGGUCUUACCCAUACAAAGUUUUGUGUGUAAGUGCUUUGCAUCCUAAAGCAAGUGAUGAGGUAAUUAAAGAUACUUUAUAUAGAGAAUAUAAGAAAUAUGGUGAUCUUACUAUAAGAAUAACUCAUGAUGUAGAUGAAAGGGUAGCAUAUGUAUGUUUUCGUAAUCCAGAAGAUGCUAGAGAUGCCAAGCAUGCAAAACCUCGUAUAAUUAUUUAUGACAAGGUAGCUUUAGUUGAGGCAGUAUAUGAGGUUCCGCGUAAUGAUUUGUAUAGAGGCAGACCUCGUUCAAUUACUCCUGAAUAUGAUAGAUACCACUAUGCAAGGUCACCUGAUAGAAGAAUUCCAAUUGACAGAUAUGACAGAGCUUAUGGACCAGCAGGUGCAGGUAUGCAUCGCGAAUACAGACGUGAUGUAAUGCCUGUUCCUCAUGAUUAUAUGGGAAGAGCUCCUAUGCAUCAUGGACCUCCUCAUAUGACCCCAGGUCAUAGCUAUGGUUCUCAAAGACAUAACGCGUCUCGAACUCCUUUUGAAAAAAAUGAAAACAAAAAGGACAAAUUUCCAAAUUAUCUUCAUCAUGUGCAGCCUGAAGAUGAUCCUCUUGCUACUCGUACAUUGUUUGCUGGUAAUUUGGAGAUAAAUAUUACAGAAGAAGAGCUGCGAAGAAUUUUUGGUAGGUAUGGUCUAGUAGAAGAUAUUGAUAUUAAAAGACCACCACCUGGUACUGGAAAUGCUUUUGCAUUUGUACGUUUUAAUACCUUAGAUAUGGCACAUCGAGCUAAAGUUGAACUUUCUGGCCAGUAUAUAGGUAAAUUUCAGUGUAAAAUUGGUUAUGGUAAAGCCACUCCAACAACAAGAAUUUGGGUGGGUGGUUUAGGCGUUUGGACGUCUAUACCUCAACUUGAAAGAGAAUUUGAUAGAUUUGGGGCAAUCAAAAAAAUCGAGUAUGUUAAAGGUGAUAAUCAGGCUUAUAUACUUUAUGAUAGCAUAGAUGCUGCUCAAGCUGCUGUUAAAGAAAUGAGAGGAUUUCCACUUGGUGGUCCUGAUAGAAGAUUGAGAACAGAUUUUGCCGAUGUUACUCCUGGAGUACCUUAUAAGCCAAGACCACCAUAUCCGCAUGAUAUGGGUAGUGAAGAUUAUCGCCGGCUAGAAUAUGGUGCUGAGUAUGAUUAUGAUAGAGCAUAUGGAGGAUACAGGGAUAGGCCACUGCCCUAUCCAGAAAGGAGGGCAGGAAGUAGAGGUCCUUAUCGUUAUCCCGAAGGUGAAGUUGAUGAAUGGGGCAGAACUAGAGAUGGAGAAUAUGGUAGACGCUCUGGUUCUCGCUUGGCUAGGUCUCGUUCUCGGUCUCCUAGAAGAUCCCCUGAUUCAGAUGAUAGUGGAUCAAGAAGGGCUGGACUUCUUGCAUCAAGUCGUACUUUGCCAGAGGUGGCAAGAAAAUGUACUACCAUAUGGCAAGGUGCAUUAAUUUUGAAGAACUCCCUGUUUCCAGCUAAGUUUCACCUUAUGGAUGGUGAUACUGAUAUCAUAGAAAGUUUGAUGAAAGAUGAAGAGGGAAAACACCAGCUUAGAAUCACACAAAGGCUUAGAUUAGAUCAACCAAAGUUAGAAGAUGUGCAAAAGCGUAUUCAGGGUGCUAGUUCCCAUGCUAUCUUUCUAGGACUUGCUGGUUCUACUGCUUCAGUAACAAAUGAGGAUAGCUCUGUACAGACCAGGCCUUUGCGCAACUUGGUGUCAUAUCUAAAGCAGAAAGAAGCAGCAGGUGUUAUUUCUUUACUAAAUAAAGAAACUGAAGCUACUGGAGUUUUAUACUCCUUCCCACCAUGUCCAUUUUCAACAGAACUUUUGAAAAGGUCCUGUCCAAAUUUGUCUGAUGAGGCGAUAAAAGAGGAUCAUCUUAUUAUAGUAGUGGUACGUGGUGGAGCUGCAUAAGUAUAUUUAUUAUUUGCACUUUUAUUAUACUAUUUUUUAAUUUUAGUGUUAAUUAAGGUAUAGUCAUAUAUUUAUGGGCUUAAAAGUUUACUGAUUAUUAGGUCUUAUUUUAUUUUUUGUUUCAAUGAAUUUAUAUAUCUUUUUAUUUUUUACAUGUGAUUAUGUAAUUGUUUAUACAUUGAAAAAAUUGACUUUACUCAUAUAUUCUCACAUUACUUUGCCUGUUAGUAAAUUACGCAUACAUAUUUUAUGACAAUAAUUUUGUUCAAAUACCAUAUGUUUAUUAACAUGUGGAAUUAAUAAGAUAAGAUUUUUUUAGAAGUCUAGACUAAUCAAAAUAUGACAUACCUAAAUUUAUGCCACACAUAUAACUUGAACACCUCAACUUCCACUUCCAUUUUGCUUUUUUUAUAUUCAUAUAUCUGGGUCACUCUUAAACUUUUUUUUUAAAUAUCUACAUAUUAUCUUUAUUUCAGGAAGUCGGAGAUCAACGGUAAAUUUUGUAACCCAUUGAUUUUGUGUUAUACAUAUAGUGUUUUAUUAAAGAAAUUUUGAAGAGUCAGAAAUGUAAAAUUGGUGCAGUGAAAUUGAUUAAGAGUGACUUACAGUUCUUUCUCAUUUGUUUUUUAUUGUUCAGCAAACGGUUAUCAUGGAACUUUCGUAAGAAUAUUACAGAAAAUAUGUGAAAGAACUGUUUAUUGACUAACAAAAAGAAUACUGCAGUGUACUUGUUUGUGUACUGGUGUAGUUAACAAAAACUUAUGUAUGAACAAAAAUAAAUUUUGUGAUCUAGUGCUAAGUUUGGUGUCUAUUGUAAUUCAUUAAUUUGAUGUUCAUAUUUUACUUUUCAUAAAAUAUGAAUAAUUGGAAAAAUUGUAGUGUUGUGUUAAAUACAUAAGUAUUUAAAAAAA